AUGGCUCCCCCGGACUCCAAAUCGCUUGUCGUUCCUAUUGCGCUUCAGAUCGCCCUUGCCGUGCUCGGUUUUUGGACACUCUGGGGCUUCCCAUACAACAAUGGCCUUCUCAAACACCUUGGAGCCCAGACUGAGCCAGGUGCUUCGAUUCCCGGGCCCGCGCUGGCGCCUAUGAAGCAAACCUACACCGGCAUUGGACCUGUCGACCGGCAGCUCACAGUAUUGGUUUCAUUUUUCUACACUGCCAUUGAUGGCAAUCGUGGCGACAUCUCAGUGGCCUUCCUCUCCCUCGGCUCCCAUGUUAUCGGCGCAUGGGUCCUCAUCACCUUGGAAGGCCUGCGUGCUGGAAAUAAGGGCAAGCUCUUCCUCGUCUCCACUACUGCUCUUGGCCUGGCAGUAGCCAUAGUCGGCUUUGCUGUAGUAGCGCCAUUGUAUUUCGCCUACCAACUCUACUCUUCUCCUACCGUGACCAUUCCGGCGGGCCACGAUCUGCUCCCUGCGGAUCCUCUCUCAGUUGCGCUCAUCCCAGUCGGCAUCAUGAUCGGUUUUGGCCUCCCAUCAUUGAUCAUGACUUUCCCUGCACCGAGCAUUUUGUCAUAUGACACCAAACAACUCUGGACUGGCAUUCAGCAAGGCUGGACGUUUUGGAUCUGCCUGGCAACAAUUGCCGUGACUAUUGGCAUCUCGGCUCUCAAUCCUCAGUCGCAAGUAGCCUCCACAGAGGCCACUCAGAUCAAGACGACUAAGUAUCUCCGCCGCGCUUACAUGUUUGCUUUGGCCUCCACGGCCUCGGCUCACCUUCUACCGCUCCUGAUUUGCUCGCUUGCAACUGUUUUCCCGGCGCUCUUUGCUGCCCCCUACAGUGCACAACUUCAGCUAAGCAAUGUGUUCUCUCUGGCCAACCCCGUCGGUGACCUCAAAGCCGCCACCCUGGCAGAUGGCGCGUUGUGGUUCCUGCAAUGGGACACCUUUGUGGGGGUCGUGUCUGUCCUGCUUUGGGGUGUGACAUUGCGUUUCGCUGGAACCCAGGAAGAGACUACGUCCGGCGAAUGGGUAGCUGCACUGUUGAAGAUUCUGGCUAUCACUCUGGCUGUCGGUCCAACGGCCAUGGCUGUGAUAUCAAUCUGGGCACGAGACGAGUUGACGUUGAAGCAAGACAAGACUGCGGCCGUCAAGGGGAACAAGACACUUUAA